UAUAAAUACGGUCACGUUACAUAAACGAAAUGCUCUUGCAUUAGAUGCGCCGAAAUCUUCAACACACCAGGCGUUACAGCGCAUGACAAUGAUCGAUACAUCGCAUAGAGUCAUUCAUAGACGAUUCAUGACAUGUGUUAUUGCAUAGUGCAACCGAGAGAAGGAUGAGACGGAGCUUCCUGUGGUCUGUAAGAUUCGACAACAUGGCCGAGUACUAGCUGUAAUGAGGUCGAGAAAAAACGACUUCUGCCAAUCGGUUAAAGUUCGUCGAGUAAACGGAAUGCAGUAACGUUGAUAAUAAGAGGUUUCUUACACCGGACAGAUCCGAAGCCAAGUAGAUGCCACUGAACGUCAGGUGUAGAAAACGCGACAACUGGAAGCAUCACGUUGCUGGAAACACCUGCGAUACGAGUUAGAAGAUUGAGCGAUGAAAAAAACUCGAUGUCGGAACAGGCACGUUCGUUUAACUUUGCCAACGAUUGUAUCAUUGUGCUCCGCAACGAUAACGACACAAAUGUAUAGUUUGUACACCGGAGGCGGACCCGACCGAGGCAAUUGAAAAUGAUGUCUUGUGGUGAACCAUACGAAGCUGCGCGGUGGACAAACUGACACGUCACGAACUAUACUCCGCGGGAAAGAUUUGUGACAGCCGCUUAUCAAUUUCUCGGAUGAAAGAUCAGCGAGGGAAGGAAUCUUUGAAUUUUGAAGUCAGUUUCAAUUUGAUCGAGAGUCAAACUGACUGAACCUUGACGUUCGAUGCUCGAUUUCGACUUCGAUGUGAAUCCGUCUGAUGAACAAUGUUUUAAGAAUGUUCACCACCAAUGAAUGCACUCGAUGCUUCGUAUAAACGUUUUGCUAAAAUACGUGUCCCCGAUCGAUGCCUUUGGUUCAAUACGAUACUAAAGUUGUUGAACUUAAAACCUAUUUCGUGACUAUCGCACUCGUUGACUGCUGCUGGUAAUAAUAGAGCGCUACUCGUUUCUACAAGAGAUUUCUCGCUGGUCUCACUUGUGGCAAUGAUUCAUCAAUAUUGUUCUCGAGUUUUUUCCUCAAAGCUGUAAGAUGUUUUAAACCGUUAACUUGUGCUCAAGGCAGGAUAGAGCCAGUGUUACUGUUUCAUCAUAGAACGACCGAUCGUUUCUAGAAUAUUUCGAAAACCCUUGGAGCAUCACGAAUUCUCCUAAUCACUCCGUGCUACCUGCAUGGUUCUGCUUCGUUAAGUGCAGGCAUGCAUAUAAUUUCUCUGAAAUUUUGAAAAGUCUGCUACAAGUUCCAACAAAUCAGCUUUAGUAUUUGAGAUUGCAAACCAUCACCAUGGCCGGUUUGUCGACUGAUAAGACUGACAAAACGACAGUGUUGCUGCAGUACGAGGUCAGUCAUGAAAACUAUUUGGCGCGGUGCAUACCGGGUACACGACUACACGCCAAAAUACAUGGAUCGUUACCGGUUUUGGCAUCAAGCAUCCUGACGCAUAACUUGGAUGUGAAACGAGCGGACGUGUUCUAUUUAUCAGGAUCAUCCGAUGGCAGCUACUAUUGCGAUCUACCUGUUAGCCCGCAGGCUUCAAAACGAGUUGGAGACCAAACUCGAGAGACUCUGCGAGCACAGUGUUGACGAACCCGACAGAGCUCUGUCAACCGUGGUCGAAUGGACGGACUACAAAUAACAUUUGAGUUAACCGAGAUGUCAUUAGCAAAAUGGAACAGUUUACUUUUCAGGUAUCUGCAGUCUGAACUAUUAGAUCGGAUAUUAGAUUUUGUUUUGGUGAAACAAGAUAUUGGACUCGUGGGUUUCUCAAUGAUUAUUGUAAAAUAUUUUACUAAGCCAAUAAAUCUGCACGUUUAAAGAUAGGCAAGCUUUGCUUUGUCACACAUAAAUAAAUUCGAAUGAGAAUGAUCAACUCUGAAAA